CUCUCUCUCUCUGUGCCCUGCAUUUAUACAGAGCCAAUUAUUCCAUCUUCACUAUACAUUUUCCUCAUCUUCCCAUUCAUAUUUCAUGGCUCUCUUGCUCUUCCUCCUAAUUCUUUUGGUCCCUGCAAGCAAUGCUGAUUGGCCACCAUCACCUGGCUACUGGCCAAGUUCUAAAUUCAGGUCUAUGAGCUUUUAUAAAGGGUUUAGAACUCUCUGGGGUCCUCAGCAUCAAAGCUUAGACCAACAUGCAUUAACAAUCUGGCUUGACAGGACCUCAGGAAGUGGGUUCAAGUCAGUUCGUCCAUUUAGGUCCGGCUACUUUGGUGCCUCCAUUAAACUUCAAACUGGUUACACAGCAGGAGUUAUAACAGCUUUCUAUCUUUCAAACAGUGAAGCUCAUCCGGGGUACCAUGACGAAGUCGACAUUGAGUUUCUGGGAACUACAUUUGGGAAGCCUUACACUUUACAAACAAAUGUUUACAUCAGAGGAAGUGGGGAUGGAAAAAUCAUUGGCAGAGAGAUGAAGUUUCAUUUGUGGUUUGAUCCCACUAAGGCUUUUCAUCACUAUGCUAUAUUGUGGAGCCCAAAGGAGAUCAUAUUUUUGGUGGAUGAUGUGCCCAUAAGGAGGUACCCUAGGAAAAGUGUAGCAACCUUUCCCUUGAGGCCAAUGUGGUUGUAUGGCUCAAUAUGGGAUGCCUCAUCUUGGGCAACUGAAGAUGGGAAAUACAAAGCAGAUUACAGAUAUCAACCAUUUGUUGCAAAGUAUACCAAUUUCAAAGCCGGCGGUUGCAGCGCCUAUUCCCCGGCCCGGUGCCGCCCGGUAUCUGCCUCCCCGUUCCAGUCGGGCGGGCUGACGCAACAGCAGUACAGGGUCAUGAGGUGGGUUCAAACCCACCAUUUGGUAUAUGACUAUUGCAAGGACUACAAGAGGGACCAUUCCCUAACACCUGAGUGUUGGCACUAAAAGUGAAAGUGUCACGCCAUAUGCUUCAUAUUGGAAAGUUCCCCUCAAUUUUCACUUCAUUUAAGUGCUUUUUUAUGAUGGUUUUUUGUUUAAAGAGGAAAAAGCUUGUGUGUGAGAUUGCCAAGAGAUGGGUCAUUACUUUGCCAAAAACAGAAUGCAAGGAAAUAUGAACAUCCAAGGCUCCAAAAGAAGAAAGAAAAUUUGUGUGCUCCAUUUUUGUUAUGCAACAUUUGGUGUACAUUGUAUGUU